CACCCUUCCACGCUCUCCCCGACGUCGUCCGCCUUGUUCGUCACCAAUAAACCACUCGACCCGCUCUACAGCGGCAUCAUCGGGCGCGCUAUUUCCCCCAGCUCGUCCAUCUACCCGAGCGCACGACUCUCAGCCCUUGACACUCGCGCUGACGACCCUCCUCAAAAUCUUCCUCGCCUAGACUGCCUCUCGACACGUCAAGACUCCAUCGCAAAGUUGCGUUCGCGUUCCCUCUACCGACGUGCUCUCACCUACGCGCAGCUCGCACGCCGACAGGUCGACACUUCGCAGCCCUGCACCUGCGCCGCGUCCCCGCCACUCGCUCGAUCCGCCGCUCCGAGAUCGUGCAACACUACACCGCACGAAGACCGCGUGAGCGCACCAUCGGAUAACCUGGAGAAUGCGACAAUGAUGAGCAAUACGAGCAUGGCAUACCUGCACGCGAGAAGCACACGGUGAUGCUCGUCUUCGUGCAUGGACUGGGCGACUCCGGCCAUAGCUGGCAGCGCAUCGCAGCCUCGUUCAACCGGGAUUCUACUGUGCAGCACAGAGUCGAGUACAUCUUCCCGCACGCGCCGGUCAUGGCGAUCACAGCGAAGUUUUGCAUGCGCAUGCCCGCAUGGUACGACGUGCUCACAUUCAUAUCAACGGCGCCGGAGGACAACGACGAUUUUGGGAUGUUGCGCUGGAUCGCGUCCCUCGGUGCGCUCGGCACGGCGAUGACGCUCCUCACGGGGCUGUCUAGUGAGCGCAAACUGGGCGGCCUAAUCGUGUUGAGCAGGAGGCUGAGACUCGGGGAAAAAAGUCAAGCUGUUGCUACCAGCGCGAAAUAUCACGACGCCGGUGUGCGGGGGACAUGGCAGGAAUGACCCACUGGUGUCCCCGACCAGGAGCUAGAUGACGUGAAGGCGUGGGUGAAGCGGUGUUGCCUGGACCUGCCCGCGAUGCUUGUGUGUCGGCAUCAGGAGACAUCACCGGGUCGCUGGUAUGCUAAGUAUUCAGCAACGCAACAGAAGACGAACGGGCCUACGCAUACGUACAGCACGACGACCCGCCCGCUUGCACUGUCUCGCCGGGCUCGUACAUCCACCCAUCUACUCGCCCAGUAGCCACCUGCUCAUGGGCGCGUGGACCCGCAGUACCCGCAGGUGACCCGGCUGCGGUGGGUCUGUACCCGGGCGAGGCCUCAGCCUCAGAUACUGAUAAGGGUACAGUAGCUACGAGCCCACUAUAAUGUUGAUGUACGCCGCGUGUCAUAUAAAUCACCUGUCACAUCCAUUAGCAGUCAGAAAUUAGAAUGUCAGUCAUCAGCACUUCA